AUGGCGAAUGACUUGAUGAAACAUAACACUACCACCAAAUGGUUAAAUUCAUUUAAAAGUCAGAGCCUUAAUUAUGUCCCUCUUCCCGGUUUGAGUGGACCCAGACGCAGCACCCCCACACCUAAACCGACCUCUGGAUUUACAACUGGAGAAAACUUACAACCUGAGAAUACCACUUUGAAAAUAUCGAGGAAAAUAAAUAACACGGUUGUGACUCAUGAAACAGACUCAGUGGUGACUCAGAAGGAAACUGUGAAGCCUUACGUAUCUCCAGGGCCGUACUACGUGGAAUACCCGUACGAGUACCACUACAUUAUAAAUGAGCCAAAGAAAUGUGAGGAGCAGAAACCUUUCCUGGUUGUGAUGGUUCCUGUCGCGCCCCACAACGUAGAGCAUCGCCAAAUCGUCCGCAGCACCUGGGGAGGCGAAAGCAACAUCGAAGGCAAAACGGUCAAGCUGUUCUUCCUGUUGGGGAUGCACAACGGAGACGGGGUCGGGGUCGGGGUCCAACGGCAGGUCCUGCAGGAGAGCAUAGACCAUCAUGACCUGAUCCAGAGCAACUUCGUGGACUGCUACAAGAACUUAACCAUCAAGACCAUGGUGAUGAUGGAGUGGUUGGACUCCUUCUGCUCCGGUGCGUCGUACGCCAUGAAAGUGGAUUCUGACACCUUCGUAAAUGUGCCGCUUCUCGUCAGGAUGUUGCGCAACGCUCCAAAACAAAACUACAUGACUGGACUCGUGGCGCACAACGCUCAAGUCCUGAGAGAUUCUUCAAGUAAGUGGUUCCUGCCCUGGAACGUUUACCCUAACCCAACCUACCCGACCUAUGCUUUAGGCCUGGGCUACGUCUUGUCUUUAGAUCUCCCUAAAAAGCUAGUUGCAGCAUCCAGAGACGUUAAAGCUCUUUACAUUGAAGAUGUGCAUUUGGGGUUAUGUAUGAAAAAGUUGGGCAUCUCUCCCACCGAUCCUCCGAGGUGGAAUUAUUUUCAAACUAAUUAUUUGCGGUACAAUCGUUGUACUUACUCCCAAUUAAUAGUCUGCUUGCCUGAACAUACUGACCGAUACUGGCUCUGGAAAGAUUAUAAAAGGCCAGGGAAAUACUGCUGA